AUGACUGAUGCAUGCAUAAGCGAAAACGAUGUCCUUUGUGGACGAGGCGGUGCUACCAACACUCACAUUGGCAACAAGAGAUUCCGUGCCAUCGUCGCGGAGUAUCAAGAAGUGUAUUUGGGAGCACGAAAGAAGGAAAAGGCGCAAAUAGCAUCAAGGGUUGUCGAAAGGAUAAGGCAAAAUGGCGGCCGAUUCCUCAAGCGAGACACUACAACAGAUACGUGGGUUGAAGUGCCCUCCAAGAAAGCCCUAGGCAAGACUGGCCAAGCCCUCCGCGAAGGCUUGGAUGUGCGACACAAUACCAUUCGACCUGACAAGAUGCCUCGCAAGUACAGUGAAGCCAAGUCUAAUAGCCCAAGGAUCAGAGCCCGACUAGUUCAAGGAAAGGUUGCAAUGUCGCCAACCUUAUCCAGUGUGGCAACCGAACAGAGUAUUCCUUCUUUGGAAGAAGAACAGGCGUUUGAUGGAGUUUCCAUGUACUUUGCUCCACAACAAAUUACGCAAGAAAACAUUGAGGUGUAUGAGCAAGUCUAG